AUGGAAAUACCUGCUGAGGAAAUGCCAGAAGGAUGGACCAACGACCCUGCAAUGCUCGAGUUAUAUUCUCAUCCUCGUGGCUCGAUAGCCAGUAUCGCCCAAUGGUUUGGACUCGGAGAUAUCGAACUGCUCAUGAUGGGAACCCCAGAAUCUGGGAAUAUGCAGUUUAUGAUCAAGUCAGGACAUGGUUACUACUGGGGGAACCUGAUGAUAGAUGAUAUCUUUGAGAUCAGAAAGCCGAAGACCUUCCCGGAGAUUCUGCAUGCUCUUGCCACAGAGGGGCAUUGUGGAUUGAAGUAUAAGAAAGUGGAUGAAAUACCAGAAGGAUGGACCAACGACCCUAUUAUGCUUGAGGAUCAUUCUCACCCUAGUUCCUCAAUAACCAGUAUCGCCCAAUGGUAUGGACUGGGGAAUAUAAAAGUUGUAUUGAUGGGAACACCAGAAUCCGGGGAUAUGAAAUUUAUACUCAUGUCAGGAGGUCGUUACUACAGGGGGAAUCUGAUGACCGACGAUAUCUUUGAGAUUACUAAGCCUAAGACCUUCCCGGCAAUUCUGCAUACUCUUGCCAGAAAGGGGAAUUGUGGACUGCAGUGUAGGAAAGUGGACAAAAUACCAGAAGGCUGGACCAACGACCCUGCAAUUCUUAGGAGAUAUUCUCGCCCUGGUUCCUCAAUAAUCAGUAUCGCCCAAAGGCAUGGGCUGGGGAAUGUCGAAGUUGUAUUGAUGGGAACACCAGAAUCCGGAGAUAUACAGUAUAUAAUCAAGUCAGGACAUGGCCACUACUGGGGGAAUCUGAUGAUCGACGAUAUCUUUGAGAUCACAAAGCCGAAGACCUUCUCGGCAAUUCUGCAUACUCUUUACAGAAGGGGGGAUUGGGCUUUGACGUAUAAGAAAGUCAAGCAGGUGGAGGAUAUCUGA